ACUCAGGAGGAACAGGACAUCCCUGACAGCCCUGACUCCCUAAACCAGUUGUCAGUCAUAAACAGUCCAGACCUGGAUCCCAUCAUCACAGACUUCAGGUUACAGCUGCCGGACAACAAAGAUGAUCUGGAUCCUACAAAUCCAUCCAAUGGGCGCUCGAGGUCAGACCUGUCCCUGGCUCUGGAGGACUGUAUGGCCGCCUUGGACCUGUUUCUCAGAAACGAGUUCGAGGAGGCGCAGACCCGGCUCAGAUGCAGAACCAAAGACAGCAUGUACCACGCUCUGACCUACGCCACCAUCCUAGAGAUGCAGGCCAUGAUGACCUUUGACCCCCAACACAUCCUGACAGCAGGAAACACCAUGAAGGAGGCCCAGGCUCUUUGUCAGCGCCACCGCAAGAAGUCGAGCUUCUCCAAAUCCUUUACGGAAGAGGAACUCCAUGCUGAAGUGUGCUACGCCGAGUGUCUCCUACAGAGGGCAGCACUCACUUUCCUACAGGAUGAAAAUAUGAUCAGUUUCAUUAAAGGAGGAAUCAAAGUGAGGAACAGCUACCAGACAUACAAAGAGCUUCACACAGUCCUCCAGUCCGCUGGAUACACUCAUGGUGACAACCACGGCCAUUUUGAGGGUGGUGUUAAACUGGGAGUGGGAGCCUUUAAUCUUGUAAGCACUGGAGAAGGGGAUGUUGAAGAUGCUGAGAAACUGCUACAGCCAUAUCUUAAAAAAUACCCCACGGGAUCCAUCUUCUUGUUCUUCGCUGGUCGAAUAGAAGAGAUCAAGGGGAACCUGGAUGCUGCUAUCAAUCGUUUCCAGGACUGCUGUGAGGCUCAGCAGCAGUGGAAGCAGUUUCACCACAUGUGCUACUGGGAGCUGAUGUGGUGCUACACGUACAAGAGAAACUGGAAGAUGGCUUACUUCUACGCUGACCUGCUCAGCAAGGAGAACUCGUGGUCUAAGGCUACCUAUGCAUAUAUGAAAGCAGCCUACCUUAGCAUGCUGUCGAAGGAUGAUUGUCUAACCUUCGGGGAGACUGCGUUCACUCUGUUCAGGCAAGUUCCAGAACUAAAGCAGAAGAUAGCUGGCAAGUCUUUACCAACGGAGAAGUUUGCGAUCAGGAAAGCCCGUCGCUACCUCGUAGAUAACCCCAUUCCUCUUCCUGCCUCUCCAUUGGAGAUGAUGUACAUAUGGAACGGCUACACAGUCAUUGGAAAACACAAGGACCUGACGGAGGGCAUGCUGAAAACACUGGAUGAGGCACAAGCUCAACUCGAGAGCAGCCAAAGGAGUGAGUUCUCCAUGGACGAUCAGUGUCUGCUGAGCCUACUGAGGGGCUUGUGUCUCAAACACCUGGGGCACCAGGAGGAGGCCGAACACUACUUUACCCUGGUCCUUUGCAAUGAGACUCAGAUCAAAUAUGACCACUACCUGGUUCCCAAUGCCCUGCUGGAGCAUGGCCUGCUGUGUCUGGAGCAAGGCAGAACAGAUGAAGCAAUCAAACUGCUAGAAGCAGCAAAGCAAAAUUACAAAAACUACUCGAUGGAAUCUCGGACACACUUCCGUAUUCAGGCUGCUCUGCACAAGGCCAAGGGCGCCGCGGAAAAUUGCAUCCAAGUUCCCUCCAGCCCAUAACAGACAGAGGAGGGCACACAAGAGCAAAGGCAGCUCUCUGUCUCUGCAGUCCCACAAUGCAACACUCACCCCUGCCCAUCCAGGCAGGCUAUUUGUGUUUUUCAUCAGGAGGACAUGCUUAUGUUUUCUUGUGUGUGCCACCCACUCGGGCGACUGCAGCUCUGUGUGGCCCUGACAGGCUUAGCCGGGUUUGAUGUGCUCUCUUCCAGAGCUUCAUAUAUUAUGAUGAAUCUCAUUUCCUCGUGUAAUUUGAAAUAGAAACAAGUUGAGAAAUGUGCCUAUAUUUAAGAAACAUUGCUUCCAGCAGGCUUAUUUGUCCAGCAACGUGAUCAACCAUCAGGGGCGCUCUAGGGUAGAAAACAAGGCUGUAUUUGUGUAGUACCUGCUGCAGAAGGCCUCCACUCUUACCCCUGGAUAAGAAUGUGCCAAAUUCAGGGUUGUUGGUGUGAACCUGAUGGAGCCAGAUUAACAGACAGCCCGUUUUAAAUUACUGAGACUAUCUCCACCUGGACAGCCACACCAUUUGGCUGCUACAAAGCAAUCCUACUUCUUUUUAUUUAAUGUAAAUGAGUGAUUAUUGAUGAAUUGACCUGAUUAGAUGGGAGAUGACACAGCAUAAUGUGUAUUAUGUUACUCACCAUGUAUUCAAUGAAAACUACAAGACUAUUUUAUAUGUAUCAUUUGAUAAAGGUUUGAUGUCAGGGUUCAGAUAUUUGAUAACCUUCAUUAACACUCCAUUAUCUUUGGUUCUUUGUGUUUCUCACAGCAAAUUGACAUUUGAUUGUUUAUUCCAAGUUUUCUUGCUUUUCUUGAAACCAACUUAAACACUUAAAGACGAAAAAGAAAAUAUUAAUGUGGGAUUCUUUCUUUUAGUCUCCUUUUGAAGAUUUGAUCAACUCUACAAUCCUGUUGUAUUUACAGUCACCUGUAAUGUUUUUUGCAAAAAGCUUUGUAAAUCAGCAGGCUGUGCAAUCUCUCCAUAGUCGUAACAAAAUGCCUAUCAGACUUGAAGAGGAGAGUUGUUAUUGACAUUUAUAUGCUGUAUAUGGCAUCGUUUACACAAAUUGUCCUGUUUUAAGAGGACAGAUGAAUGUGUCUUUUAGAAAGGCAGACUCCCUCCUUUUCUCCUCCUGGUGUGUGGGACAGAUUCCAACAGCACUUGAGUUCGAACAAACGGGCCAUUCACACCGAGCUGUGAAGGACUGCGUGCUUAUCUGCCUGUAGCGUCCCUUCAGUGGGUGAAGAAGCUCUGAAUGGCAAUGACCACAGUCGUCCUGCUUUGUAAACCCCCUCCGCUGCUCAUGUAUCUGCCAUGCUCGGCCAGAACCACCGAUUGAAAGACUUGAACAUCAUAACCACAGUCCUCUGUCAAAUAAUAAUAAUAAUAAUGAUAAUAAUAAUCUGUAUAAGAACAAGUACUUGUAAUGAUGGAAAUGAUAAAACAAAGACAGAUGACCUCUGAAUGUACUGGUGGUGAGGUUAUUUGAAGGGCAAGAAAAAGAAACCCAUGAAACUCCAUGUCUCAAGUGCUGGAAUUAGAGCAGCUCUGACUUAUUCAUGAUCAGAGCAACGUUUGGGAUUCAAGACAAUGACUGGGAGUCAGUUUCAAUAUUUUUAGUGGUGGAGGAAAUAUAUUCUUAUAACUGUUUUAACAGCCGUCGCUCUCUGUAAUAUUCAAAUAACAUUGUAUUUUCUAUGAAUUAAUCAGGCUUGUUUGUCCUUUUCCUCUCUUUGGUUUUACUCCUGUUGCCGAAAGAAAUGUACAAAGUUUAGAGGCAAAAAAGAAGCUGAAAAUCAGAAUAAUCCACUGGACUCAGUUACCACUGAGCAGAAUGACAUUCCUGUACAUACUGAGUGUUUCUAUUGUAAUUUAACAUGAAAUGUUGGCAAGUAACUAAAGAACACAUCCCACUCUGA